GAAAGAGACGAGGCAGAAGCUCUUGCUCCCCCAUGGUCACGCCACUUCGAAGCAAGCCUGCUCGAGCGCUCGUCAAUGAACCGGCAUUACCGGGAGGUGGGAAGGACGACGCCUCCUCCACGGUGACCGAGCAUAGAAGAGGAGGCGAACCCUCGCCCGUGUCUUCAACCUCCAGCGGCUAAAAAUAAACGGGGCUAAAUUAUAGGGACCUCCAUCAACAUCGCCGAGCCCCGGACGCAUGUACGACACGACUCCAAUGGCUAUUUAUGACACCUCCCCUUCUCUCUCGUCCCCUCCUUAGCGCGCGCCGGCACCGCCAUUUCCGAGGAAGUUUCGCAAGAGGGAGCGCGAUAGAGAAGGAGCGUGGUUACAUAGAGAAGACGCGCGUCGAAUCAGAGGUUUGAUCUUCGCGAGGAAGAAAGGAAGAGAGAGAGAGCAGAAGGUCCGGUCGACGGCGGCCGGUGGAGGAGCCGCGCUGCCCGGUCGCAUGCGAGGAGGAUGCGGGUGCUGGAGGAGGACCUGUACCCGUCGACGCCGGGGAAGGUGAAGGUGGAGCGGGCGGGGUCGAUGAGCCGGCACAUCCACCGCUGCUUCGCGUCCACGGGGACCAUGUUCCUGUGGGCGCUCUUCCUGGUGGCCAUGACGGCCACGUACCUCAGCGUCCACUCCUUCGUCGACACCUCGUCGCGCUACUUCACCGCCUCGUGGGGCGGCCUGCACUGGGAACGGCAGAUCUGGGCGUCGGCGUCGCCGCGGCGGCCGCCGGGGUCCGCCGAGGGCGCCGGGCUGUCCGUGCUGGUGACGGGCGCGGCCGGGUUUGUGGGCACGCACUGCGCGCUGGCCCUGCGCAAGCGCGGCGACGGCGUCGUCGGCAUCGACAACUUCAACUCCUACUACGACCCGUCGCUCAAGAAGGCCCGCCGCGUGCUGCUGGGCUCCCACGGCGUGUUCGUCGUGGAGGGCGACAUCAACGACGGCCGCCUCCUGGCGAAGCUCUUCGACGUCGUGCCCUUCACCCACGUGCUCCACCUCGCCGCGCAGGCCGGGGUGCGCUACGCCAUGGAGAACCCAGCCUCGUACGUGCACUCCAACAUCGCGGGGCUCGUCUCGCUCCUCGAGGCCUGCAAGGACGCCGACCCGCAGCCGGCCAUCGUCUGGGCGUCCUCCUCCUCCGUCUAUGGCCUCAACGACCGCGUCCCCUUCUCGGAGGCGCACCGCACCGACCAGCCGGCGUCGCUCUACGCCGCCACCAAGAAGGCCGGCGAGGAGAUCACCCACACGUACAACCACAUCUACGGCCUCUCCGUCACGGGGCUCCGCUUCUUCACCGUGUACGGGCCCUGGGGCCGCCCCGACAUGGCCUACUUCUCCUUCACCCGGAACAUCCUCCAGGGGAAGCCCAUCACGGUGUACCGGGGCAGGGACCAUGUCGACCUCGCCCGGGACUUCACCUACAUCGACGACAUCGUGCGCGGCUGCCUGGCGUCGCUGGACACGGCGGGGUGGAGCACCGGCACCGGCGGCAAGAAGCGCGGCCCGGCACCGUACAGGAUCUUCAACCUCGGGAACACGUCACCGGUGACGGUGCCCACGCUGGUGUCCAUCCUGGAGAGGUACCUGCGGGUGAAGGCGAAGAAGAACGUGGUGGAGAUGCCCGGCAAUGGCGACGUGCCGUACACGCACGCCAACAUCAGCCUGGCCCGGGAGCAGCUCGGGUACAAGCCGACGACGAGCCUGGAGAUGGGGUUGAAGAAGUUCGUGAGGUGGUACCUCUCCUACUAUGGAUACAAUCGGGGAACGCAUACCUUCAGGAACUCAUGAUGAGUAAAUACUCCG